AUGAAUUUGGACGCGCUAUCAAUAGCGCUAGCACAAAUAUCUUACACUGUGCAAACCCUAUCGAAGAAAAAUAUAAAAACAGCUACAUCCGAAAUAGCCACAUUAGUAUCAACUCAUGGCUUCGAAGCAGAAAGACAUUUAUAUCGUUCAUUAAUUACAAAUAUCGAUUUCACAGUCGAUAGUAAUAAUGCUAAAAAUCGUGAUAGUAUCCAUGUUCAAUAUUUAUCACAAGAAAUACUGUCACUCAUAUCAAAACCAAACUUUGUCACGUUAAUUUGUUAUUCAUUUGAUACAGCAAUAUCACAAAAGUCACUGAAGGUAACGUCGAGUCUCUUCUCAAUCAUAUGCAAAUUAUUCAAAUUAAGUCGAACGCAAGAAAUAUUAUUUACUCUGGCGUUGGAACAUUCAACAAACCAAGAUUUAGCCAGUGUAUCAACCGAAUAUAUACGACAAAAAUUACCAGAACUAUUACGUUUUAUACUUGAAUCUGAUAACGGUGCAGCAGAGACUGGCUUAACCGAUUUACCAGUUGAAGCUCUUCAUUCUCUUCUUGUUCACAUCAAAGAAUUGUCUGAACCAUCGUCCAUAUCGUCUUCCUCAACUUUGACUACUGAUCUACUAACCCCAACAAAAAUAAUAGAUCCUCUUAUUAAACCUGAACAUUAUGAACAAUUAGUCGUGUUAUUAAGAAAAGAAUAUCCAAAAGAACGAUUAUCUGUUGGUCACGUUAUUUUGGCACCGUUACUUUAUCCAACAUCAUUUGACUUAACACCAAAUCAAUUAUUAUCUGAUUCAAGUAAUUUAUCAACAGCUGUGUGGCAAAUGGAUGCAUCAUUAGCCGAUGUCGUAAUCGAAAUGGGUUAUAGUUUUACUAGCAGUAUCGAGGAUUGUCGAAAUGCUCUCGUGCAAUUUGGUGUCCAAGAGAUCAAACCAUUGAACAUUGCUAGAAUACUCGGUGCUAUGGCUAAAACGCAUACCGGUUUAACUGAGAAUACAAUUAUUUAUAAUUUAAAUAGUCAAGAUUCAAAUAGCAAUGAAAAAUCCAUCAAUCAGUCACAAACAUGGAAUGUUGAAAUAUUUGUUCACGCUGUAAAUGAUUUGGCACCAAAUAUGAACUGGAAAGAUGUUCUGAAAGAAUUAGACUAUAACGGCUUUAUAAUUAAAGAUCGACAGUCACUAAUUUUAAUUGUUAAUGCUUUCAAACGUGCCUUAGCAGAUGGAAUUCCAAUUGAUUUGUUUUAUACACGAUGGCAUAAUGCUGAAGGACAGUUAUCUUGGUUUGCUCAAGCCAUACGUAAUUCCGAUAUAUUUUGUUUUGGUGAUUAUCCUGCUCAUCCUGUGAAUAUUGAGUGUUUAAAACAUUUACCUGAUGAUAGCAAAGAAACAUGGACUUGGCGCUCAUUGAAUUUAUUGGAAUGUCUCUUGCGUAUAUCUGAGUCUGGGUUAUAUCAGCCAACAUUGGAACUAUUUAAAAUUGGUCUACAACGUUGUGCAGAAGUUAUUCUACUUGGCUUGCUGCAGCUACCUGUAAGACAACUUGUUACUCCUAUUAUCCGAACGUUAGAUCAUCAUACAACAGCUUUACGAACAUCUCUUUUAACAUCAAUGGCUGAUUGGUAUAAUCGUUCAAGCGAAAGUGAUCAGCAACAACGUUUAAGUCGUGUAUUAGAAGUUGUACAAGAUUUAAAAACAUUACCAGUGUUAUUAAAUGCACAACCUAUGCCAUUUAUUAUUGAUUUAGCUUGUUUAGCAUCAAGGCGUGGCUAUUUAAAAUUAGAUAAGUGGUUGUCGGAUAAGCUACGUGAUCAUCAAGAAACGUUUGUUCAAAAUACCAUACAAUUCUUACGUAAAAAAGUUCCACAGUUAUCAGCAAUGAAUCUCAGAGAGACAAAUAAUGGUGAAAUAACAAAUGGAAUGCCGUCAUUUAAACCAUUAAUUAAUUAUGAUACAAUAAUGAUCAUUUUGACAGUAUUACACGCGGCAACCUCUAGUGUUAAUGCUGAUUUAGCACAAGAAAUUGUCACCAUGUUGAACAAUGCUUCAUCGAUAACAGCUGAACAAUAUCGCCUAACGCAAGCUACAAAUAAUCCAACACCACCACCACCACUACAAACGGCAGUUUCUUCACCUGCUCUCAGCCAACAGACACAAACGUCAAGUGGUCUGAUGUCUGUAAUAUCACGUUUGAACAAUGGCACACCGACUGGAGUUAAAGAUCAAGAAAAUCAGCCACCAUCGAUGUAUCAGAAUGUUGCAAAUACAAAUCAAUUAUUUAAUCCAUCUUCGCAGACCAAUUAUCCACCAGUAUCUGUAAGUCCGUCGAAUAUGUUCCAUAAUUCGACACAGUCAGCAAAUCAAUUACUCGAACCGACAAAUUCACGUCAAAUGUCAUUACCACUAUUACAACAGCAGCAACAACAGAUGUUCUCUACACAAACCUUUUUGCAAUCACCAACAGGAUCAAAUAUAAUCCCACAUACAUCGACAAAUAUUUCUCGGUCAUCAGGUAAGACUAAACAUUAGAGAAAACUAGUCUUUUCUAUGGGUGUAUAAUGAUGAGUCUUAUAAGUCAAGGUUCACAUCACGAAGCUGUUUUUGUUUUACCUUUGCUUUUGAGGGAAGUAAUGUGGAAUAAGUUAAAAGCACUAAUAAACUUACGAGGGAAGUACCCUAGCUGAUAAAUCGCUUUUUCAACGAAACCGAGUGGACUAUAGGUAGUCAACGAUGCUGAUUCCGAAUAUCACCAUGAAUACUGCUGCUAGGCCUUCAAAGACUGAUCUUCUGGAAAACUAGUUUUCGAGAAACUCUAAACAACAACCAAAAGCUUUCUUAAUGAGGCGUAAUUGUAGUCCAUAAAUUUCUGAUUAAAACGAGGCAUCUUCCAGCUGCACACGACCUUUCUUUGCAAAGUUAUAGAGUUUACAAGAAAAGCCCUAAAUGUUCAUUGUCACCUCAGAGCUACAGAAAGAAAAACGAAAAAUGAAUU